CAAAACCUACAAUGUACGGGAAGUCGUCGAUGAGUGAGUUUGGUGAGAUUCCGCCGGAAGAAGUUCCGAGCCAUCCCGGCGGAGUCCGUAAUGGAGUUGAUUCGAUGGAUGACCGGAAUGUUUCAUACGGCCUCGAAGAUGUCGACGGCGGGAGUGAUGGCAUUUGUGAUUUUGAGGGAAUCGAUGGGGUCGUUUACUCGGACCUCGCCAUAAUGCCGCGCGGCGACGCCGGUGACCAGCUCACUCUUUCUUAUUGUGGCCAAGUAUACGUGUUUGACAAUGUCACUACGGACAAGGUGCAAAAGGUGUUUUUACAUCUUGGGGGAUGUGAAUUCCCAGUUGGUCAGCAAGGUGCAGAAUCAGCAUACCAAAAUCCUAGAGAUUUGGAUUAUCCUGGUCGCUGUAGUGACCCUCGUAGAGCUGCUUCUCUAAGCAGGUUCCGUCAGAAGAGGAAAGAGCGUUGCUUUGAGAAGAAGAUCAGAUACAAUGUUCGUCAAGAAGUUGCUCGCAGAUGUGCUCAUUGUGGUACUUGCUCAAUGGACACCCCAAUGAUGCGACGAGGGCCGGCUGGUCCUAGGACUCUUUGCAAUGCCUGUGGACUUUUCUGGGCAAACAGGGGCACAAUGAGGGACCUUUCGAAGAAAUCCAAUGAUCAAUCUUCUUCGCUAGCUGAACAGGUGUACAAGUGUAAGGAUGAGUACAAUGGAUCCAACUUUGGAACCACAAUGCCUAGAUGCAGCAACGAUGCUGAGCUUGGAUUUGGCAACUGAGCAGCAAGGCUUCUCUUGCAUAUAUACAUAUAAAUAUAUAUUAUAUAUAUCAACCAAUUCAAAACUAAAUAGAGGAUUUUAGCUUACUUUGUGUACAUAUGGAUUUGUUGGUUUUAAUUGCCUGCUGCUACUAGCUCAAAUUCUGUGUCUUAGCUGUUUUUAUACCGACUGGGGUUCUUUUUUAAAAUCCCCAACAUGGUUUUAAGUUAAAAACACAAGAAGUAAAGCGUUUCCUGCUUUCAUUACAAUCCCAGUUUGUAUGUUCUUCUGUUACAAGAAAUUAAUGUGAUCUGUGUUCCAUGAUGCAAUGAAUAUAUGACCUGCAAAAUGAAGGAAUGGAUUGGAAAUUUUGACAGAAAAAUCUGACAUAUUUAUUUGGAUUGCAAAGGUCUCAGACCUUUAAUAAAUCCCUUCAUCCUAUACAACUGAUGGGUCGAUAUA